UUGGUCCAGUUUGAAAAUUAGACCGGCCAGGUUGUUUGGAACCAGGUCGAGAGGACUGUAGAUCAAUGUUUGUGUGAAUAAAAAUACACAGUACAGUGAUGGAUACGUGUUUGGACAAGAAACCAGAGAAAGUGGGACCGAUUGUGGUUGAGGAUUUAAGAAAUAAUUUGUUUGCUGAUUUUUGUGCAAUUCCAUCUGCUAUGCCACAGGAUUCUGUAUUAUUUGAGAAAGAGCAUCUGCGUGUUUACCUCAGGAUACGUCCCUUUACCACAGAAGAGAAUGAAAGUGGUGAAUCUCAGGAAUGUGUCUCCAUGGAGCCACCAGACACCGUUUUACUCAGGGCACCUAGGACCUCUUUAUCAACCAGACGACAAACCAGUCACUCAGACGGUGACAAACCAGUCUCUCAGACAGCCCAACGAUUUCAGUUCACUCAGGUGUAUGGACCUGACACUACACAGAGGCAGAUGUUUGAUGGCACAGUGAAACGUCUGGUUAGGGAUGUUCUAGAAGGAGAGAAUUCUAUUGUCUUCACAUAUGGAGUCACCAACGCUGGGAAGACAUUCACAUUCCUCGGCCCUGAGCGUGAUGGUGGAAUUUUGCCAAGGUCRUUGAACGUGAUCUUCAACAGCAUUGAGGGCAGAGUCUACACGCGGAACGACCUCAAACCACAUCGAUGCAGAGACUUCACCAGGCUCACAAAGUUCCAGCAGGAUGAAGAGACUACAAAUAAGCUAAACCUCUUGAGACUGUCAAAGGAGAGUGGUUUUCUGAAAAGUACGAUGACCUCCACUUGCAGGUCAACGAUACUGGAGGGUUCCUCCUUAAGCGAUGUCAGUGAUCAGGGGGAAGGAGACAGUUUCUGCCUGGAUGUGGGCUCCCACACUAAAUACUCUGUGUGGGUGUCCUUCUGUGAAAUCUACAAUGAGAAUAUCCACGACCUACUGGAGCCCAUUCCUAAUGGGUCACAUAGGAGAACCGUCCUUCGCCUGUCCCAGGACAUCAAAGGCAACACCUUUGUGAAAGCUCUAAAGUGGGUUCAAGUAAACAAUUUCGAGGAGGCGUACAAAGUCAUGAAGAUCGGAAAGAAGAACCAGAGUUUCUCCUGCACGAAGCUCAACAACGUCUCCAGCAGAAGCCAUAGCAUAUUCUCCAUUCGGAUCUUGCGUAUUGAAGAUGUUGGUGUACCCAGAGUCCACACAAUUAGCGAGUUGUCUUUGUGUGAUCUGGCUGGAUCGGAGAGAUGUGGAAGGACUCAGAAUAAAGGAGUGCAGCUAAAAGAGGCUGGCAACAUCAACACCUCAUUGCUGAUUCUGGGCAAAUGCAUCAACACUCUGAGGCUCAACCAACAAGCCAAGUUCCGACAACAUGUGCCCUUCAGAGAGAGCAAGCUCACACACUACCUCCAGGGCUUUUUCUCUGGUAGAGGGAAAGCCUGCAUGAUCGUUAACAUCAACCAAUGCGCCUCCAUGUACGACGAGACGCUCAACGUCCUCAAGUUCUCCGCUGUCGCCCAAAAGGUGGUGGUCCUCAAUAUCAAACCAGUCCUUGCCAUUGCCCCAAAGAUAUCUGCCAGAGAAGUGUCCCUCAUCAUCAACAAUGCUGACUGCAAAGACCUAUGGAGUAGGAGGAAGAGCUCCACGGUGGCUUGGGAAACCACUCUGGAGGAUUUGCAGGAUGAUGAAGAGGAAGAGGAAAGUUGUGAUGAGGGAAUGGCAGAGGAAACCAUUCUUGAGGCGAGAGAAGAGGACAAUAUGGCACUUGAGGACUUCAACGAUGGCCAGCUUGCUCUGGUGGAGGAACUAAAGGAGAAGCUUCUGAAGGAGGAAGCUGAGAAAUUGGCUUUGGAGUCUCACAUCCGUGAAGAGGUCACCAUCGAGUUCAUGGAGCUAUUCUCCAAAAUGGAAAGUGAUUACAACGAGCGUCUUGCGAAAGAGAGGGAGAUCACAGAGGACAGAGUGGACAAGAGGUUGGAAAUCCUGAAAAAUUUAGUCGGCAAGAGUGUCAGCGAGUAUGCAAGUGUCUCUUGUGACAAGGAAACAACAAAGGAGGAUAAGGCAGGGCUCUUGGAGGGGAUCGUUGACACUAUGCGAGACGAUCUGGCUAGAAUCAGGAGGGAUGCAGAGGCUGCACAGACCUGUCUGGUGGACCUGCCUGAGUCUCCUGGCACUGUGGCCAGCCUGAGGAAGCAGGUGGACGACUUAUCAGAGGAGCUCCUCAAGACUCAACAGCAACUCAACAUCAAAACCAAUGAAAUGAGCAUUGAAAUGAAAACAUUGGGGGGGCAGCUAGAGGAAGCGAAGGAGAAUUUGGAACCUCAGACGCAGAAGUUUGAGGCCUUAAUGGAAAUCUGCCGUGAGAAAGACAACGUGAUAACCAAGCUGCAGGAAGCAAUGGAUCAGAAUAGUGAGGCUUCAACUAGGGAUAGAGCCUUGGUUGAUUCCAUCAAGGAGGAGAUCCUGAGCUUGAAACAGAAUUGUAAAUGUAUGAGCCGGGACAGUCCCAGUUCUGAGGAGKGCAGAAAACGCCAUGCAGAUGUCCUGGAAGACCUUGAUGAUCAGCCUGCCCUGAAGAAAGGGAGUCUUGAGGUCGAGCAUCUCAUUCUGGCRGAAGAGUUGGAGAAACUCCAGGUGGAAUGUCGUCAAAAAGACAUGACCAUUUCACAGUUAAAAGAAGAAAACGAGGCGACGGUUCAGAAGUUGGAGACGGUCAAAGGAGAGAUAAAAAGAAAGAACGAAGUCGCUGAAGAGCUCAAACGUGAGAGGGUUUCAUUCGAACAGACUGUCCAGAAGCUCAGCGAUGAUCUGGAGGAGCAGACUGAUUGUUGUGAAGCUGUUAUGGCCUCGCUGGAGAAAGAGAGGAAAGAGACAGCAAGGCUCUCCAAAGACAACAAAGCUCUGGUCAACGGCAUCUUCCAGCUCCAGCAGACAUCACAGMAAGUGGAGUCUUCRGUGAAAAUUCUCCAAACAGAACUUACCGAACAGACGGAGAGGUCCGCCAAGCUUCCAGAGGAGCUAGAAGCAGCCAGAGCACUCCUGAAGGGUCUUAAAGACAAAUCCAAUSAAAAAUACCAAACCAUUGAAUCCUUGACUUUGGAAACAGAACAACUCCGGAAGGAUGCGGAGGAACUGAAGGUCUGUUCUGCACAGAGGAACAACUCCAAGUUCCAUGACACCAUAGAUGCCAUGAAGAGGGAGUGUGAGAUYGUGGUGGAGAAGUCGGUUCAGAAGAGCCAGCGGAUAGCUGACCUGGAGCASGAGCUCAACCAGGUCAGAGAGCAGCUCUCUGGACAGGAGGAACUCUGCAACCAGCUAGAGACACAGUGGUCGGAGGCCCAAUUCAACCUACAGGGCUACGAAUUAGAGAACGGGGCUUACAACGAAAUUAUGAAGAGUUACGCCGACCUCAAAAAGGUGGCAGGCCACCAGAAGGAGCAGAUCGUGGACCUGGAGGUGCAGGUGCAGCGCUCUGAGAGGGUUGCAGAGUUGGAGAAGCAGCUGGCUGAGAUGGAGGCCCAGUGYAGAGCUCUGCAAGAGAGACUAGAAGAGGCUCAACGGAAACUGGAGGAGGUGGAGAGUCAUGGAAAGUCCAAGGAUAAGGUGAUUGAAGACAUGCGCCUUGCACUGACAGAGCAGGAGAGGACACAGACCGAACAAGAGCGGAUUCUGGAAGCCAAGAUGAAAGAGAUUGAGGCUUUAAGUGAAGAGCUGACAAGUUUGAAGGAUGGCUGCCUACAGAAAAACACAAACGGUGCCAAGUCCUCUCAUGUCCUCAACGACUGUCCCGGCCAGUGCGAGAACGUGAAGUGGGAAUGUCAGCGGACCAAAGAGAGCUUGAGGCUGUCUAAUGAACAGUAUGAGUCGGAGAGGUGGCUUGAAGAGAAGGCCAUUCUGAUGAAGGUAGCCAAUGGGCCAGAGGAGGAGAAGAGUCCGUGCCUGGCCCUGGAGUUGUUGAGAGGGUGUUCAGAAGAGCUCCGCUGUAGCCAGCUGCGGACUGAAGAGGAGACCUUGCCAAAGCAGCCCUCUGAGAAAGAAGAGAGCAGGGAGGAGAGUGGCUCUCUGGUCGAGGCACUCAAAUUAGAGAUGCAGAAACUCCAGGAGAGGAAAGCAGACAAAGCGAGCAAGCUCAGGGAGCUCAACGAGCACGCCAACUUCCAAACACAAGAGGAACUGGACUUCUCGGAGGUGUCCACAGACGGCAGCCGAGAGCAUCGCUUCCCCAAACCAGAGCUGGAGAUCCAAUUCACCACUCUGCAACCCAACAAGCUGAACAUCCGGAGGCAGGGAGAGGACAAGUCUGUGACCGGCAAAAUCACCCGCUCAGCCAGGAAGAGAAAAAGCAACGAGAUGGAGAAGGACCCUGUGGAAAGUGAAAACAAAAAUAAUAUAAAGUUGAGGAGGGACAACAGAGUGAACAUACAGUCGCCGACCGUGCUCUGUGUAAAAGCAGACCAGAAGAAGCAACAGACCCCAGCAAGUCUGAAAUGCAAAAAGGAUGGAACCCUCCAGAAGAUUGGAGACUUCAUCCAGAGUUCCCCAAGUCUGCUCGGAAGCAAAGCUAAGACAAUUAUGGGGAUUGUAAGUGGAAGACCUACAGAGCGAGAGAAAGACACAGCAGUGAAACCGAAGAGGACCAAGAGGAAACUGUACAAGACCGACAUCUCCUCCCCUUUGGACAUCCCGUCUCAUCUGAUCCUGGGUCUUGAUCAAGAUGAGAGAAAGCAACCAUCUCAUUAUCAAGAGGCAGCUAAGGUCGAGGACAGCAAGGAAAUGAUUACAAACUUGGUCAAAAGUGUCUGAGUUUAUUUCUUACUCUCUCUAUAUAUAUAUAUAUAUAUAUAACAAUUUAACCUUUUUUGGAAAUCAGGGUCUUGGUUUUCUAACAACCUAUGUACGUAUGUGAAUAUUGUCAUUUUGUUUCUCAUUUUCCAUUAUGUUUGAGAGCACUGAAUUGUGCUUUUUAGAAUAAAUUAUUUUUAGAUUGACAAAAAAAAGUGUCCACACUACAGGGAACAUGGCAAAUGCCAUACGUUUUUGUCAAUGUACAUUGGCGAUGCAGCCCGUGGUCCGAGAGCAGGACACAUUGGAGGAUAGAGUAGGCGUGGUUUAAUCCUGCUUGACUGGGGCCAAGUGUAUGUCAUGGUCAUUUAUUCUCAGUGGCACCCAGGUGUGGCUGUCAUCUAAGGAGAGUGAUACAUUUCAACUCUCACCCUUCGCCUCCUCUCUGUGGUGAGCCCCUGACAUGUCCCACUCACAGCCAGUCAGGUUCAGCCUCCGGUGGGCAAUUAAUGGGACAUUGGCCAGUGUUUGUGUCUGUCAUUGCUGUUGUCAUUGAAAACAUGUUUCCAAUGAUUAAAUGCAUUUUAUUCUCUGCAA